UUGGGUUUCCAGGUGUUGCCUGAACAAAUGCGUGUUACGUCACACGAGGAAUUACAAAUUUUUAAAAUGGGGGCGGUGUCAGUGCAGUUGAUCUCUUAAUUAAUCUCGCUUGAAGCCUCUCAAACCCUAAAUCAGAAGUGGAUAACGAUGGCGUCGUUCGCUCGCCGAGCCAUCAGCCUAGCUCAGAUUCCAUCUGCGUCACGGUCUCGCCGGCGCCGCUGAUCACCAUGGAUCUACGAAGGUUGACUUCUGGAAACAGCCCACGAACCCUGGAAACUGGAAGGAGGAGUUCAUAUCUCUUCUUCUAUUUUGUGCUUAUUUCACUCUCUGGCUGGGGCAUGCUUUUCUACGGUGGUUACAAACUCUUCACCGGCGGCAAAGGAGAGGUAAUUGCUUCCUUCUCUUCUUGCUUUUUCAGAAAGCGCCUCUUCUACCCAUUACAUAUGUUUGAUGAUCUUUUACAGAAACCUGUCGAGGCUACACAAUGAGUUUGUGCUGUUAUCACUGCGUCUGAGAUCUCUGCAUUCAGCACAGCACAUUUUGAUUGGUCUUGUUAUCAAUGCCAGCAGUUACAUCUUUGCGUGUUUUCUUUGAAACUAAUAUACACUUUUGAAAUCCUAUCAUAUCUGCAAUGGAUGAUUCUACCAUACAAAGACAACCAAUUGAGUGUGUUUGUUUGGCAAUGGGAAGUUAGUGUCUAUGUUUGAUCUUGUGGAGGGAAGGCGUAUGUGUGUAUAUAGUGAAUUUUCGAGCUAACUGUGGAAACAUUUAAUGAAGGUGAGAUGAAUCGUGUAUAACAAAUGGGUAGGGAGUGGGAUUGUGAGGUAGUUAUUAGAGAGCCUCCAAACGUUGGUGGCGACAACAUUUAGAUGUACUGCAUUUCCUUUAAUUAUUAUUCUUCAACCAAUUUUUAUUGUUGUAGUGUGGAAUGCGACAUGGCCCAUAAUACACUGUAAGAUCCCAAUUAAUU